AGUCCAGAAAUCCCCCGGACUUUGGGGAUCGCCUGCCUGCCUGCCUGCCUGCUCCGAAGCACUCGAGGAGGGGAAGGUGUGGGCCCACCCUGGAGGAGGAGAGGGUGCUGAAGGACUGAGCGAUAGGGGGGUAAAGACCUUCGUCUUUAGACUAGUUCCCUCCCUGACUUAGGCACAGGGGGCCUGACUGGGGACGGGGAUCGUGAGGCCAAGGAACAUCUGCAUCCAGACACAGCUGGAACAAGGCAGCUUUGGUGAGCUGGUGGGGAGCAGAGGGACCAGAGCGAACGUGCGGGAGACUUCCAGGGGAUGCGAAGAUGCUGGCCGUGCCACAGUCUCAGAUGCACAGUCUGCAAAUAAGUACAAAUGGGGAUCAGUCCCCCUUGCUCACCCCUCCAAGCUCUCCAAGAAUGCAGGACAGCUGUAGCAUUGCUCCACUCACCCCUUCUCAGUCCCCGAGGAGCGAGGCUCGAGCCCCUCGGCCUGCUCCAUUCUCCGUGGUGGUGGCCAUUGAUUUUGGCACAACCUCUAGCGGCUAUGCCUUCAGUUUCACCAACGACCCUGAGUCCAUUCACAUGAUGAGGAAGUGGGAGGGCGGGGACCCAGGCGUGGCCCACCAGAAGACGCCGACCAGCCUGCUGCUGACCCCGGAGGGCGCCUUCCAUAGCUUCGGCUACACGGCCAGGGACUACUACCAUGACUUGGACCCAGAGGAGGCCCGGGACUGGCUGUACUUUGAGAAGUUCAAGAUGAAGAUCCACAGUGCCAGUGACCUCACCAUGAAGACAGAGCUAGAGGCUGUGAAUGGGAAGAAGAUGCCCGCCCUGGAGGUGUUCGCCCACGCUCUGCGGUUCUUUAAGAAGCACGCUGUGCAGGAGCUCAGGGAACAGUGCCCAUCACUGCCAGAGAGGAAUGCCAUCCGCUGGGUACUCACUGUCCCUGCCAUCUGGAAGCAGCCGGCCAAGCAGUUCAUGAGGGAAGCUGCCUACCUGGCGGGCUUGGUGUCCCCCGAGGACCCCGAGCAGCUCCUCAUAGCCCUGGAGCCUGAAGCCGCUUCCAUCUAUUGUCGGAAGCUCCGUCUCCACCAGCUCAUUGACCUGAGCUGCCGCCCGGUAUCCAAUGGCUUCCUGGGCGAGCGCCGUUCGAUCGACUCCAGCUUCCGCCAAGCCAGGGAACAGCUUCGAAGAUCGAGGCAUAGCCGCACCUUCCUGGUGGAGUCAGGUGUUGGAGAGCUGUGGGCAGAGAUGCAGGCAGGUGACCGCUACGUUGUGGCAGAUUGUGGGGGCGGCACCAUAGACCUGACGGUGCACCAGAUUGAGCAGCCCUUGGGGACCCUCAAGGAGCUCUACAAAGCCUCAGGGGGUCCCUAUGGAGCAGUUGGGGUGGACCUGGCUUUUGAACAGCUUCUGGGCAGGAUCUUCAGCAACGACUUCAUCACCACCUUCAAAACAAAGCGCCCGGCGGCAUGGGUGGACCUGACCAUCGCCUUUGAGGCUCGCAAGCGGACGGCCGGGCCCCACCGUGCCAGUCCCCUCAACAUCUCCCUGCCCUUCUCCUUCAUCGACUUCUACCGCAAACAGCGCGGGCACAACGUGGAGACGGCCUUGCGCAAAAGCAGUGUGAACUUUGUGAAGUGGUCCUCCCAGGGGAUGCUGAGGAUGUCCUGUGAAGCCAUGAACGAGCUCUUCCAGCCCACCGUCAGCCAGAUCAUCAAACACAUUGAUGAGCUGCUGGCCCGCCCCGAGGUGCAGGGGGUGAAGUUUUUGUUCCUGGUGGGGGGCUUUGCGCAGUCGGCGGUGCUCCAACACGCAGUGCAAGAGGCCUUUGGCAGCAGAGGCCUGCGGGUCAUCAUCCCUCAGGACGUGGGCUUGACCAUCCUGAAGGGCGCCGUGCUGUUCGGCCUGGACCCUGGUGUGGUCCGAGUGCGCCGUUCGCCGCUCACCUACGGAGUCGGGGUCCUUAACAAGUUCGUGGCCGGCCGCCACCCCCCGGAGAAGCUGCUGGUCAAGGACGGCAAGAGCUGGUGCACGGAUGUCUUUGAGCGUUUCGUGGCGGCCGACCAGUCUGUGGCCCUGGGAGAGGUGGUUCAGCGCAGCUACUGCCCCGCCAGGCCCGGCCAGCACCGUAUCCUCAUCAAUAUCUACUGCUGCGCGGCUGAGGACGUCCAGUACAUCACCGAUCCUGGCGUGCGCAAGUGUGGGGCCAUCAGCCUCGAGCUGGCCCCUGCUCCUCCCGGAACGACUCCGGCUCGCCGGGAGAUUCGAGCCUCCAUGCAGUUUGGAGACACGGAGAUCAAGGUCACCGCUGUGGACGUCAGCACCUCCCGGACAGUGCGCGCCACCAUCGACUUCCUCUCCAACUGAGGCCUAGCCUGGAGACCCCCCAGCCCGGCUGGCUCCCUCUCCAGCUCUCAUUCCCCCUUAACCUCUCACGUUCCCCCUUCUCCCCAACUCUCCAAUCUGCCCACACCUCUGCCCUCUCUCCUUGUGCCUUCCCACAAUCCCCAAUGCCUUCUUCUGGUCUUGUUUCUCAGACCCACUCCCCUAACCACAUUUCCACUCUCCUCUCUCUUCCUUUCCCGCCACACCUCGUUCCUUCAUUCCCCUUUUUCAGGGCUGGACUCCACUUCUCUCCAAAAUCCCUUCCAUCGUCCCAAAUUCUGCCUUUAUUCCAUGCCCUGGGCUGGGGCUGGGGCUGGGCAGGGGGACCUUGGAAGACUUCCCGAAGUACAGCACAAGGCUCCAAGAUCAACAGAGAGAGUGCUACCGGGCCAACCUGGAGUCCUCACCCACUUCUUGAUGGGCCAAGGCCGCUGUCCUCACCACUCACCCCAGGGAGUCUGUGCGGGCAGCCCCACCAAGAGGCAGCCCCUGACAAGGUGCUGGAGGGUGUCCAGUGAAGGAGGCGGCAGAGGGAACUAGGGUCUGUUUGGUGGGUGAGGGUGCUCCUCAUGCCUGGUUGGGGUAAACUGCAAGUUAUCCCCACUGCUCAGGGAAAGAGCAGGGGAGGCUCCCCAGUGUCCUAAUCCCCCUCCCCACCCACAGAAUCAUAGAAUGCUAAGGCUGGACAAGACAGUCUGGUCCAUCUCACCUGUGAGUAAGUUCAAGGCCCAGAAAGGUUAAGCUACACGCCCAUGGGUCACACAGUAAGCUAAGCACAGAGAUGAGAUUCAAGCUCAGCCCCCCUUCCUCCGCACCCUCCCAAGCGACCCCUUCCUAUACGUCUAGGUACACUCUGCUUUGUCUUACUGGGGGAGGGGGUGCAGGUAAACUCAGAUUCUAUUUUUAUAGCUUAGACCAGCCCUCGAGCCCGCACCCUCUCCUGCCACGGACAAGAGCUGAAAGUGGAAAAUGGGGCCCAUGAGCAAGGGGAGAUUCAGUGAAUCUGACUCUGGGGCAAUGGCUCAGCCCCAUGUCCCUGGACCAGCAAGGACCUGGGAACAAAAAACUCUGCACAGCACUUAUCUUACUAACUUCCCAGGCUUAACAAGCAGCACCCCCAGACGAGGCUGGAACGGAGACCUCGGUGACCCCAGGGGGCCCUCCCACACAAGGUGGGGCGACCGAAGCCAAGCACACGAGGGAUCGAUGGAUGCAGGCCAAUGACACCUAGAAGGGGCCGAGACCGAUAAAGACCCCAUCUCGUGGGGUAGGGUCUGAAAAUAUUAGAUAAUGGCAGUACUUGACAAGUAGGGGAGGGGGGUAUUACAUUCAGUUCUCACUAAUGAGGUAGCAUUACUAGUCAGAAAUAUAUUACUAGGGUAAUCAGUUACUGGCAGGAAUAUAACUAGGUGGGAUAGUUAACUAGCAGGGUAAGGUACUAAUGGGGUAAGUAGUUCUGGCCCCGGCAUAUGACAGGAAUCCCUUAAUGAGAACGAUGAUUCCCCAAGAGGUUCGCCUAACAAUGCACACUGGAAAAACUAAAUGGAUGAAAAAUGUAUGUUGUCCAGACUGUCAAGUAGUUGAAUAGCCAGUCUGCUGAGGCAGGGCGAAGGUGGACAAUGGAGGAACGGGUGGAAGAGGGAAAACAACAGCCCGGAUUGUUUGGGGAGCUGCUCAGUGCUUUUGGCAAUCCCAGCACUGAGCCCCAACUUUUUGGCAUAAGCAUUCUCCCAAGGGGGAGAUUCUGCAGAGAAUGACAAGUGACACCAAAAGAGGAGAAAGGAGAAUGUGAGUAGGCUGCACCAUGUUUGCAAUGAUGACCUCCUGCAAGGACUCAGGGUGGGAGAUGCCUGUGAAGGAGGUGUGGCUGGGCAGACACAGAGAAGAGCGGACAGACUGAGACUGUUAGAAACGCUUCCUCCCACGUGCUGACCUAUGGCCAGACGUGGAUGAAAACCACAGGAUGAAGUCGUGGCUGGGCUGUGAGCGGCGAGCGAGGGAUGCCCAUGGGGAUGAGAUCACAGCUCUGCAGAGCAGGGAAGGAUGCCACCGGCCGGAGUAAUUAUCAGGAGUCGAGUUAUCAGCAGGGGACGUUAGUCGGGAAGAGGUCAUUGUGGGAUCCUGUUAUGAGAUGGGCAAUGUUACUAACAGAGUAAGUGACUGAGUUUGUCACUGUCUGGGGUGGUGUCACUUGGGUCACUGUCAGCAGGGGGAGGCACCCUGUGGUGGGGCUGGGGGGAACACUCCUUGCAUAGUUCAGGUCACUCAAACAGGCCUCAGAGGAAAUGGUCACUUCCCUGCAGCGAAGAGUCCAUGAGGAAGCUCUUGUAGAUCCAAGUAGCUCCCCGCUCCCUGUCCCAAGAGGAAUGAAGACCCAUGCCCACCACCCACCACCAGGCAGGGCUGGGCGGUUCUCAGACUGGGGAGGAGACUCUGGGUUUGCUGU